UGAGGCAGGUAGUUCAGUAAAAUCUGUCACGGCAGACAUUAUACCGUAACAUUAUAUUGUUUAUACGUUUUAAAAGGAACAUUAUAUCACAAAAUAGAGUGCUCUGCACGCAUAAAACUUGCCAUGUGUGUAAUAAAAAUGUGUUUGCUUAAAACAUAAUAUAAUAAAAUGUAAUAUAAUUCCAAAGCGCUGUGUGGUUACGAUAAAUUCAAUCAUGAUAGUAUAACUAUAAUAGCAACGCGUGAUUAAAAACAAAAAAGACAAAUUUCACAACCACUUUUUAUUUUAAAUUUACAAACGAUACUAAUAAUUAUUUGUAAAAUAAAUUUUAACUAUUUUAAGUUGAUAAGUGUGUCAUAGUGUGCGGCAAAAAAAUUGUGUUUAAUCAUUUAGUAUUAAUUUAAAUCGAUAUCGAUAUCUUAUUGUAAUAAAUAAUCACAGAAUUAUUUUUUUUUUAAAUUUUUGUCUAAUACCGAAAUAAGAACAAAAGAAUUUCGAUCAAGUAUCCAUGAUAAUUAAAAUAUGGGCAUUCCACGAGUCUGGUGCAUAAUUUUCGUAGUGAUCGCCGCGUGUACUUGCGGUGCACGCACGGAAUGCAGCAAGAUCGCGCAAAUUUCAUUCCUAACGAGUGUACACGAUGAUACAUCAUGUACGAAGUUAUCGACGAAGGGCGUUAUGCUUUAUGAGGCCGCCAAGCUUCUCGCCGAAAUUUACAACAACAGAACCAAUGGAUUCGAAAUCGAUAUUACAGUUUUGGAUACAUGCGGUAGUAUUGCGGGAGCUCUGAAAGCAGUGAUGAAGGCUCUCGUGUGGGCGGACAUCAACUGUUUGCAUCCACCUCAUUAUCUAGGAAUUAUCGGACCGGAUACCACGACGAACGCCGAAGAGGUGCACAAAGUGACGUCGAUACUGAAAGUGCCGCAUAUCAUCAAAAAACCGUCGAUUUCUCCGUAUUUACAUCUUUUAGCGGAGGAAUCGAAUUCUUGCAUAGUGCAGGGAAUCUUGAGAAUGAUAGAAACUUUAAAAUGGAAGUCCUUCACGUUAAUAGCUAACGCUGAUAAUGAGAAUGAUGAUGACAUACAAAAUAUUGCAAAAAAACUAACAAUAAAUGCCAUAAUAAAAAAUUUAUGCGUCAUAGUUCACGAUAGCGAUGAAGAAGAUUACACGUCACAAAUCGUACACAUUGGAAAACCAAACGAGAAGUUUUUCAAUAAGUCCACGAACGCAACUAUAUUGAUCAUCAGCGAGGGAAAUUUAAAAGAUUACUUGAAUCAAAUAACUUCAAGCAACACCAUAUUACUCUUAGAAGACUCCAGAAAUAUCAACGAUUUAAAGAAGAGAGUCGAGAAUUCACAAUGGUGGAUGCCUGGAAACGGUCUUGGAAAAUACGAUGCCGCGGAGUUGAGGCAAGUCAGAUGGCUGGAGAGUGCUAUAAAAAUUUAUGUGAAGGCUUUAAAAGCGUUAUGCGCAAACAACAAAUGCAAAAACCAGAUAAAUCCUUCGGACUGGAAUCACGUAGUAACGAACAUGUUAAUAACGCACAAUGCGGAGUUGCAAGCCGCACCGAGGUUUCUCGAUCUGUCUAUGAAGACGAAGACAGGCGAGCUGAAGAGUUUGGGUAGUGUAAUUGCACGCAAGAACAAGACGAAGGUUUAUUGGGGCAAAAGUAAAUUGUAUAAAGAGAGCGACACGGAAGAAACGGAUGAAAGUCACGGAGAAGGAAACGACGAGGACAUACCGUACACAUUCAGGGAACUUCUGAACCGAGAGAAUGUACCGCGAACGGGAUGCGCCGCGUCUGUCAAGGAGAUCAGGAUGCUGCAGGCGAAGGACAGCGACGCGGCGCAGAUCCCAGUUUCGGGAAUGAACGACGACGAGUGGUGGACGAUGGUGUGCACAGUAAGCGGCGUGGGAGUCGCGAUGUUCUUGGUGGGAAUUCUUGCUGUUUAUGUUAUCUACGCGAACGUACGUGGGCCAAGGUAUCCCAAGAGUAAAGAUCGUUCAGAUAGAGAUACUAGUCUAAGGAGAAUGGGCAGCGACAGAGAGCUACCCACAACUAUAACCACCCGCAACCAGCGAGCGUUGCGCGCUCCACAAAGAAUGGGAAGCGACAGGAGCACCGUAUCCGAGAAAAGCGUUUGAUUUGAGAGGGUUGAAAAUAAUGGACCGCGUGAAUAAUAAAUGAAAUAAAUGUUCCUAGUAAAAAGUAGAAAUUUGCUUUGAAGUUAUAGCGCGAAAUGAAAGCGCUUGUUAUAUAUAUCUUUUGAAACGUUGGUUUAUGAAUGUUUUGUCGCGACAGUUAUCUAUAGUAUAUCGUAAUUAUAGUAUAAAAUAUUUUUCAUAAUAAUAUUAUUUAUACCAUGAUGAGAUCUCUUAUAAUAUGAAAAUGUUUUAAAGCAUUUUUUGGCAAGAAAUUCAGCACUGUUCUCCAUUUAUUGUUUAUUACUGUCGUAUUCCGUAAAAAUAAUAAACAAGUUGUAAUAAAUUAAGUUAGUGUUAGAUGAGAAGAAGUACAAUACGCAGAUGCAUGUAUUACCAAGCAAGUAAUAAUAAAAAAGCAAUAAAUCUCAUAA